AGCUUCGUUAUUAACAUGGGAAACUGUUUGAGAAACAACAAAAUAUCAUCCCAAGAUCAUGAUAGCUAUGAAGCUUCAGUAAUUGAAGCAAGGGAUGAGCUAAGAAAGACAUGUCCAUUGUCCAAGUUAGAAACACCAAGGAAGGAACAAAGCAUGAAGAAGGUAAGGUUCAAGUUACAAAAUGAUAUUGAUGAAGGUGAUAGAGGGAGUCAUGGUGAUUCUAGGAGUGGGUCUGUGAGGAUUAGGCUGGUGAUGACCCAGGAAGAGUUGAAGAGGAUGUUGAGCUGCAAGGAUGAUGCAAAGCACACUACACUUGAGCAAUUACUAGGUGCUGUGAAGUUGAGAGGAGGAAGAAUUUCAGGGGUUGGUGAACAUGAACAUGAUGGGGGCAUAAAUUCUUGGAGGCCAGCUUUAGAGAGCAUUCCGGAGAAUUAUUGAUUAAUAAAUUUGAUGUAAUAUUUUUUUGGUUAACAAUCCCUCUGUGU